AUGGGAAAAGUUGGAGUAGGUGUCGUGCUAUUGCUGUGUUUGAUUGUCACGGCCGCCGCCGAACAAUGCGGUCGACAAGCCGGUGGGAAGACAUGUCCCGACAACCUCUGCUGCAGUCAAUACGGGUGGUGCGGCAACACCGAAGAAUACUGUUCACCCUCUCAGAACUGCCAGAGCAACUGCUGGGGCGGCGGUGGAGGAGGCGGCGGAGGAGAAAGCGCGUCUAAUGUCCGGGCGACAUAUCAUUACUACCAACCAGAGUUACACGGGUGGGACUUGAACGCCGUGAGUGCUUAUUGCUCUACUUGGGACGCUGGCAAAUCUUACGCUUGGCGCAGCAAAUAUGGGUGGACUGCUUUCUGUGGCCCCGUCGGACCUCGUGGCAUAGACUCUUGUGGAAAGUGCCUCCGGGUGACGAAUACUGGGACUGGAGCGCAGACAACAGUGAGGAUUGUUGAUCAGUGCAGCAAUGGAGGGUUGGAUUUGGACGUGGGAGUGUUCAACCGUUUGGACACAGAUGGGCAAGGGUACCAACGAGGGCAUCUCAUUGUUAACUAUCAGUUUGUGGAUUGUGGGAACCAUCUCCACCUUACCACACCCUUCAUCCUCCAUUCUCCUAACUAA